CCCCCCAAGACCAUCCUCGCUCACAAGAGGCGGCUUCUCUGCGGAGAUGCCCCGCUCUGUGAAAGCUUCUCACACCAUCUUUAGAGGUAUUUAGUUCAUAACCUCCAAUUACGACGGUCGAACAAUGAAAUUUUGAGCCCUUUAAUCGAACAAAAGCACCCCGAGAAACAGUAACGAGAAGCAAUUGAGGGCCAAACAGGUGUUGGCCUAUUGACAAUUACAAACUCUACCGAUAUGGCACCUCAUCCCCUUGACAGCUUAGCUGUCAACGAAAUCAACGUCGCGAGACAGGUUAUUCUCGAUGAUUAUUCGAACGUCGUCAUCGAUUUCAGAGAGAUCUUCCUCCAAGAGCCCAGAAAGGCAGAAUUGCAACAAUUCCUACACCUAGAGCACACAGGCUGCCUAAGCCCAAGCACAAAACGGCCCACCCGAUUAGCAACAUGUCAGUACGAUGUUGUCGGAGCAAACAAGAUCCCAGAAUUCCAUGAGGCUACCAUUGACAUUAGCAACGAGAUAAUUGUCUGUCGUGAGGUGGUCGACGUGCAACACCACGCAAGUCUAACUCUCAAGGAGUUUGAUGACUUGAUUGCAGCUUGCCAUGCUUCCCCACUUUACCAGGAAGCGCUGGCUGAAUUCAUACUGCCAGAAGGCUUUGAAGUCAUCGUCGAGCCGUGGCCAUAUGGCGGUCUCGAUGCCUCCGACAAGAAUAUGCGCUUCUUCCAAGGUCUCUGCUUCGCCCAAGACAAGCGCUCAAAUAACGAGGAUUCUAACUUUUACGGCUAUCCGCUCCCAUUGAUUCCAGUCAUGGAUGCUCGGACAAAAAAGAUUAUUAGAAUCGAUCGCCUCGCAACUGGCGGUAAAGGAGACAGCCUAAACGGAAAAACGAACUCUAGGAACAUUAUUAACCACUGUGUACCGUCUGAUUAUGCCCCUGAGCUACUUCCUAAAGGUACGAGGAAGGACCUCAAGGCUUUGAAUGUUAUUCAACCAGAUGGACCGUCUUUCAGAGUCAAAGGUAAUUUGAUUGAAUGGCAGAAAUGGAGAUUCAGAGUGGGCUUCAACCCACGUGAAGGGGCAACAAUUCACGACGUGCAUUACGAUGGUCGAAGCAUUCUCUAUCGUCUCAGUGUUAGUGAAAUGACUGUACCAUAUGCAGAUGCUCGGGCUCCUUUCCACCGUAAACAAGCAUUUGACUUCGGAGAUGGCGGUGCUGGAAACUGUGCCAAUAACCUCUCCCUAGGAUGUGAUUGUCUCGGUGUCAUUAAGUAUUUUGAUGGUGUUAUUACAGACUCUGCUGGGCGAGGCAAACUAAGUCCUAAUGUGAUCUGUCUUCACGAACAGGACAAUGGGAUUGGCUGGAAGCACACGAACUGGAGAACUGGCCGCGCCGUUGUUGCCCGCAACCGCGAGCUCGUCGUUCAAUUCAUCAUCACCUUGGCGAACUAUGAGUACGUCUUCGCGUAUAAGUUCAAUCAAUCAGGUGGCAUUGUAGUCGAAACUCGAGCAACAGGCAUUGUUAGUGUCGUUAACAUUGACCCUGGCAAAACCAGUGAUUACGGCAACGUCGUCUCACCAGGAGCACUGGCGCAGAACCACCAACACAUAUUUGCAGUUCGCAUCGACCCGGCCAUAGAUGGUAACCAUAACACAGUACUAGAGGAGACCUCGCAUCGAGUCCCCAUAAAUCCUGAGACAAACCCGAACGGGAACUUCUACGAAAUUCGCCAGAACAUCAUCAGAGAAUCGCAAUGGCUCGAUGCCGCUCCCCAGCAUAACCAGGUCAUUAAAAUGGUGAACCGCAGCAAAAAAAACCCAAUCAGUGGAAAGCCAGUAGGCUAUAAAUUCAUGCCAGCACCGACGCAGCUAUUACUUGCUGACCCAAACUCCGUCCAGUCGAAGCGAGCUUUGUUUGCGCACCAUCAUAUCUGGGUCACCAAAUACAAGGAUGGAGAGCUGCAUGCAGGUGGUAAAUAUACUUUACAGAGCCAAAAGGAGGUUGGUGGCGUUGCAGACGCUGCUGCCCGCAAGGAUGCCGUGGAGGAUGACGACAUUGUUGUUUGGAACGUAUUUGGUCUCACUCAUAAUCCUAGGGUUGAAGAUUGGCCUGUCAUGCCAGUGGAAAUCCACGAGCUGCACAUUAAGCCAGCUGACUUCUUUACCGCCAAUCCAUCUAUUGACGUCCCUUCAAAUAAGAAUGUGUCAUCCCAAUUGGUAGAAUCGGAGUGUUGUUCAAGAUCAUAAAAAACAUGUGUUGUUAUGCUUAUUAUGGUAACCUUGUGUAUGCAUGUCUACUAGUAAGUUCUGUGUCGGUGUCAAGGCAUAGAUGGGAAUUCGAAGUUGCAAUGUUAGUACCC